AUGACUAGUUCUCCAAACUCUGACCUCUCUGUAAAGCACAAAAAGGUGAACAUUAAUGUGAUGACUAUUACAGAGAGCUCUGUGAGGGAAAGAUGGACACCUGGGCAAGAAUUGCAGGGUGCCAGUAUCAGCACCUGGAGAUUAUGUUUGAUAGUGUCUGGCCUUACAUUUAGGUCUUUAAUCCAUUUUGAGUUUAUUUUUGUGUAUGGUGUUAGGGAGUGUUCUAAUUUCAUACUUUUACAUGUACCUGUCCAGUUUUCCCAGCACCACUUAUUGAAGAGGCUGUCUGAGAAAAUAGCACUUUUAAAACAGAAGGGAGCUUUCAGCUUGAAGCAGCCAAGGUGCAGCUUUCUUGGGUCAUCCCAAAUAUGUGUUCAUAUGACACCAGCCACCUCCACCUUGCCGCCUAAGUUCAACCCCAAGGAGAUAAAAGCUGUAUAUCUGAGGUGCACUGAUGGGGAAGUCGGUGCCACAUUUGACCUGGCCAGCAAUAUCGGCUCCCUAGGUCUGUCUCCAAAAGAGGUUGGUGAUGACAUCACCAAGACAACUAGUGAUUGGAAGGGUCUGAGAAUUACAGUGAAACUGACCAUUCAGAACACACAGGCCCAGAUUGAGGUAGUACCUUCUGCCUCUGUCCUGAUCAUCAAAGCUGUCAAAGAACUGCCAAGAGACAGAAAGAAACAGAAAAACAUUAAGCACAGUGGAAACAUCACCUUUGAUGAGAUUGUCAACAUUGCCCAACAGAUGAGGCACUGAUCUUUAGCUAGAGAACUCUCUGGAACCAUUAAAGAGAUCCUGGGGAUUUUCCAGCCUGUGGGUUGCAAUGUUGUUGGCUGCCACCCUCACGACAUCAGAGAUGACAUCAACAGUGGUGCAGUGGAAUGCCUAGCUAGUUAAGAACUACAAAGGAAAAUAAUUAAAUAAAGGGUUAUUUGAUGACCAAUAAGUAAAUAAAUAAGAGGGGAGUCAGAAAGUGGAAAUUAGGACAAGAUUACUUGGUGAAAGUGCUUCUUCACCAGAGGUGGUAAAGAUACUAUAGAAGUUUGGAACUGAUGGUGGGAGCCUUUGUGAACCAAGUUAAGAUCUGAAAUUUAGGGAAGACUUAGUACCAGAUGUGCAAUUUAUAAUAGCAAUAGAAGAAGGAGCUCUUGAACUGAGAAACUGGGAAAGAUACCCCUUCCCUCACUUCAAAAGAUCCUCCUUCUAACUGAGAAAAAUCUGACUUAUUUACAUAUAAUUGACAAAGUAUUGUGCAACUAAAACAUCCAAAGGAAGCUGCUCUAGGGAAACAAAAGGGCAAAAAAAAAAGACCUGAAAAUAGAUACAAAACUUCCCUGCAGAUUAACAACACUCCCUACAAAAAUAUCAGCCCAAAGCAGAAGAAAAGUGGAAUAUAACAUUCCAACAUGAAUAAAGAGGGAUAAAAUCUUGAUGUAAUUGCAGACAGGAAAAAAAACAAUAAAAGAUAAAAACAUGACAACAUACAAGGGAACUCCCAUAAGGCUAUCAGCUAAUUUUUCAGCAGAAACUCUGCAGGCCAGAAGGGAAUGGCACAAUAUAUUUAAAGUGAUGAAAGGGAAAAACCUACAACCAAGAAUACUUUACCCAGCAAGGCUUUUGUUCAGAUUUGAGGGAGAAAUCAAAAGCUUUACAGACAAGCAAAAAUUAAAAGUCCAGCACCACCAAACCAGCUUUACAACAAAUGUUAAAGGAUCUUCUCUAGGCAAAAAAGAAAAGGCCACAACUAGAAACAAGAAAAUUGUGAAGUGAAAAACUCAGCAGUAAAGGCAAACACACAGUAAAGGUAGGAAAUCAUCCACAAACAAAACUCAUAGGGAGGAUAAAAGACAAGAGUAGUAAAAUCAUUUAUAUUUACAAUAAGCAGUUAAGGAAUACAUGAAACAAUUAGAUAUUAAAUAUUAUAUCAAAAACAAUAAUCAUGAGGGGAGGAGAAUACAAAUGCAGGGUUUUAAAAAUGCAUUUGAAAUGAAGAGGUCAAGCAAUUAAAACAAUUAUGUAUAUAGACAGCUAUUAAAAAAACCCUCAUGGUAACUGCAAACCAAAAACCUAUAAUAGAUAUACACAUAAAAAAGAAAAAGGAAUACAAACAUAACACUAAAGGUAGUCAUCAAAUCACAGGAGAAGAGAACAAAAGAAGAAGAAUGGCAAAAAAAGACAUACAAAAACAAAUCCCAAACAAUUAACAAAAUGGCAAUAAGAACAUACACAGUGAUAAUUACCUUAAAUAUAAACAGACUAAAUGCUUCAACCAAAAGCCACAGAGUGGUUGAAUGGAUACAAAAACAAGACUUGUACAUAUGCUGCCUACAAGAGACUCACUUCAGAUCUAGGGACACAUACAGACUGAAAGUGACUGGAUGGAAAAAGGUAUUCCAUGCAAAUGGAAAUCAUAGUCAAUGGUGAAAAGUUGAGAGCAUUUCCUCUAAGAUCAGGAACAUGACAAGGAUGCCCAGUGUCACCAAUUUUAUUCAACAUAGUUUUGGA